UCCAUUUUCUUCCCCCUCCACCGCGCACUUGCUUAAUGAUGAUGAGCUCAAAUGUGGAAGAACGAAGAAAAGGACCUGAAGAAAUAUCAAUAAGUAAAAAAAUUCUCAAAAGAAGACUGUUUAAUUGUUAUAGAACUAUCGCUCGUGUUUCUCUAUAGUGUGUAUUGCCAUUUACUUUAUGUUGUAACUCAGUGAGAAGGAUCUUUUCAGGUGGACACGAUGGCAGAUGACCAGCAGUUCUGCCUGAGGUGGAAUAAUUUCCAGUCAAAUUUCACAUCACAAUUUAAAGCUUUAAGGUUAGAAGAGGACUUUGUAGAUGUCACUUUGGCUUGUGAAGGAAAGCGAAUAAAAGCUCACAAAUUAGUUCUUUCAGCAUGUAGUCCGUAUUUCAAAGAGCUCUUUAAGGGCAACCCUUGCAAGCACCCGAUCAUCUUCAUGCAGGACGUGGAGUAUGAACACCUGAUGAACCUCGUGGAGUUCAUGUACGCUGGACAAGUGAACAUCUGCCAGAACAAGCUGCCGACGUUCUUACACACCGCAGAGUCCUUGCAGAUCAGAGGCCUGUCCGCCCAGUCCCAGAACAAACUACCUCAAAACUCAGAACGUAAAGCUAACGACCUAAGGCCUGCUCCCACGUUAAAGGGAAGUCCUAGAUCCUCUGGAAAUUCACCUGAGCCCAGUCUGGAGGAGGAGAGGGGGGAGACAGGGCACAUCCCCUCCUUCCCCUCCAAGCGGCUCUGUGUGCCUGCCCCCGGUGACACCAACUCGCACCACUCUCGUGAAUCUACCUCAUACUCAGAAGUACCUACAACUGCUCUCAUAGAGACAAAAAUGGAACCCAUGGAUUACUAUAGUGACGGUGAAGUUAAGCCAAAUACAUCUCACAAUUCAAAUGCUGACAGUCUCCCAGGGAACAGAAGUGCACAAGGUGCUCUAGACGCAGCGUCCAGCAUGUCAGGUCAUAUCUCACAAAUUCAGGAGACGUCGCAGGAAUCUUUACAAGAUAUGGUGGGUGAGAUGUGUAGACCCCAUUCUCUGGACCCCACGUUGCCGAGUGAUCCGUUGAAACCCCACUCGCUGGACCCCAGACCGUGCCCCGAGUGCGGGCGGAUCUACAGUAACAUCUCCAACCUGCGGCAACACAUCCGACUCAUCCACUACCCAGAGUGCAUCACCUGUCCGCUCUGCUUCAAACCGUUCAAGAACAAGCUUUACCUGCGGCGUCACGUGAUGAGCUACCACGAGAUCAACCUGCCGAGUCAGAACGACAUGCGGUACAAGUACACGGGCACGCGGAGCAGGGAGCUGUCUCCGAUAUUCACGUCCAAGAGUGAGGCACCCGAAGGGUUCUACGAUACGCGGAAACCGUUGGCGGACAGCAUCGCCUCCUUGUUCGCCACCCCCGUGUCCAAGUUUGACGGCAAAUUCAACGGGAAGCAGUCCGCAGACAUGAAGGCUUCCUUGUACUCAGACAUCCACAGACAUACGGGAGCGGUCAGAAAUUUGACUGAGUCUAAAGUUCCUAAUAGUUCAUAAUUUAGUCUACGCUAGAGUAAUUAGUUAUGUGCAAUAUUACAGUUGAAUAAUAGUAUUGUAGGUUAGUGCAGCUGAAUAGGGUGAAAUUCAUUAGGAAGAGAUACUCAUCUGAUAUGGCUUUCUCAACGGAAAGAAUCAAAGAAAUCCAUAUAGCUAUUGAUUACUAUUGCUUACAAAUAAUAUACAACUACUUCUUGCUCUUUUCAACAUGUAACUGCGCUAUUUAUAAAUGACGUACUUUUGACUGGUAUUCCAGUUCAUAGUUUCUUUCAACUUUUUAUAUUAAAUCCAAUGAAAAAUAUUUAAUACUUAAAAGGUUUUAGAAUUAUUUAGAAUUAAAUAUUUUAAAAUUAUUUAGGAAUUUAAAAUUCACUCUUGUUUUAAAGACUUGAUACAAUAAAGUUUGUCCACGCCAUUCUUGUACGACUUCUAAUAUCUUGCUUGCAUUUCUUGUCAAUCCCUAUAUCUGAGAAAUGUGGUAGAUGUUGACCUUAGUUUUCAUUCAGGUCUUUUUAAAGUGUGAGGGCGUAGAGUAUGCUGUUUUUUGGUUACCUAUCAAUUUUACCUCUUACACUUUUGUUAAUUUGUAGGGAUUAAAAUGAAAUAUUUUUACUAUCAUGAACAUUAUUUCUCGUGUAUUAUAACAGUAUUUCAACCUAAAAAUCAUAAAUUGUAAAAAAAUUUCUUAGGGUGUAACAGCAAACUUGUUUUAUGUAUUAGUAAUGGUUAUUUAAUAAAAACAUUGCUUCUCGUUUAAAAAAUAUAAUCAAAAUGAUCGAAGGUAGAUAAAAGAGUUAAGAAUAAUUGUAUCUAAAUGGGUCAGCGGAAUAAAGUUUAAAUAAAGAUUGAAUUCACUAUGGGAUGAUAUAGAGAGAAAUUUUUCCUAUUUAAAAUAGGUUAAAAUAGUAAAGAAUGUCUUUAUUUCACUAGGCGAAGUUAGGGCUAAGAAGUCCUGCCCCUAUAAGACAUAGGUUGGAUUUGUUUAUGUAUAAGAUUAAAAAGCUUAACUCAUUUACUGCUUUGGACAGACACGUGUGCUUCACAAUAUGGUAACCGAUGUGGUGCAGGUGUGCCUUACGGUUCCGUUGUCAGCUUUGAACCUGAUGACAUGUCUAGAUGUCUGGUGAGUUGAGGACUAAGAUCUCCUUGAGCUAUGAUCUGCUCCCUAAUCCACAAUAUCUCUUGGUCCCAGUCCUUGACCCAACAGAACAGCUCUACCACCAGUCUGUGGCCCACGCUUCCCUCAUCUCUUGUUGUUGACCUUCAAGGUCAAAAAAUUACCGAUUUCCUCAUACCAGCGAUCAAGAGUUUGAAAAUGCAGGGUGGAUUUGGUUCGCAACACAAUAAUCUGUGGACUGAGCCACAAAACAAACACCGGCUUUGUUUGUUUUGAAGCUGAGAAACCUCUCAUUGCAGUUAGUCCUAAAAGGACUUUGCACUGGUUUUUGGAGUGACGGAUUUUCAGGUUGGGUAAGAUUUGGGGGAGGGGCCACCUCCUGUCAAGAUCCAUGAGGAAGGAUAGCAAACACUAUCUCAAGUCAUGUCACCUGGAAGAAAGGGAGGUGGUGGUUAGUGAUGUGCCACUCCUGGACAUCCAUAAAGGUUGCUCAGAUUUAAGUGAUACGUCAGUUUUUUCUGUACCCAGUGUAGGUUAAGCAGGAAGGUAUAAACCAGCUGGAAGUGAACCCUCCUUGGAUCAUCACCAGCUUACACAGCAAAGCUGGUGGAUAGUCUUACUAUGUUUUUAUCAUUGUAGAGGAUGCGUGAGUGCGUCACAGCUAUUCAGAAUAAAAAGUCCAAAGACAUAAAAUCAGAACUGAGGAGACAUUUGUACAACGCCAGGGAGGAGGUGGUCAAAACCAUCUUCUGUGUCCUAACUACAUGUUUAUGAAAUUCAUGCUUGAUGAUUUUUUACCUACCAACAUAAAAAAAAUAUUUCAAAAUCGUCACAUUUUGUAAUAACAGGAUGUUUAUAAUGUCCAUAAGAUUCAGUUAGAAAAUAUAAUUUAAGUAUUAAAUAAGUUUUCCUGUAGAUUUAGAAGGAAAUAAAUAUCUUCUUGUUUUGAACAAAAUUUUACAGAACUGACAUUAUUGCUUUUUAAACUGUGCACUACUUCCAUGAGAAUUUCACAUGUAGUUAAUAAUAAACUAAAAAGCAAGGUUUCGUAGCUCAGAAAAUUUCUAUACAAAGCUAGUAAUUGAUUUCUUUUUCAGGAAAAAUAUUGCAAUAAAAAAUGUAAAACAAGUGUAUGAUGUUUUAAACCACAAACUGCUGCAAGGUUUUGUUUUAUUUGCUCAAAAACCAAUACAUAGCUUUAAGUUUUCCAGUAUACAAAGUAGUUGUUGGUCAGAGUGCUUGCGGAAUGAGGUGGCUUUGCCACAUAGACUUCCAACUAAGUACGUGUACUCUCUUAUAAAAGUAAUAUUACAUAAAAAAUACAUUAACAUUACAUUUCAAAAUCAGCUGUUUGAAUGUGGCCAGCUAAACCAACACUAAGUGUAAACUUGGGUAAAAUUAACAAAUCGUACUGAUCGUUAUGGCAUGCAGAAAUUAGAAACCACAACAGCUGGUCUCAACUCUAGCCUAUUUUCUCAUAAACUGUCUUAACCCUUAACGCCUACCCUUAAAAAAAUUUGAUCUGGAUAUUAUUAGCGUGCAUUAGACAUUUUAAUAAAUUCCAUUCCGUUUUUGCCAAAUUUGAAUUUAUUUUCUGCUUUUUUAAAGAAGAUAAUAAAAAAGAUAUGUAAAAAAUCUUUUUACUGGUGAUUGCGUCCUAUAUGUAUACGUAGCGUAUUUAUCACAGGUGAGCUGUACGACUAUCUGAAUACCACGUUAGACGAAACGACAAUCAACGAAUAGCACUGGUUAUUGGUUUGAUUUUGGCACAAUACGCAUUCGUACACAUUCGCAGCACUUUAGUGAACUGUAAUGUACGCAAUAAACUAAAAUAAGACAAUACAGAUAUAUCCAUAUGAGACGCUUAAAACUAACAACAACUAUAUUAUAAACUGAACUAAACAACACAUGUCACAACAAUCAAUCAAUGACAACUGACCUGUAGAAAAUAGUAAGUAAUGAUCAAUACGGCAGACUCAAGAUGGCAGCAGAUCAGGAAAGGGGCAGCCUUUGUUUUGGUUAAUUUUGGAUGAACUUCUGAAAAUCAUGUUGUGACUCCUUAUUGAUUUAUUUGACUCUAUAUAUUUUGUUUCAUUUUACGUUCCCGUUUUAUUACAGUAGUUAAUUUUGUAACCAAAGUGCUGUAAUUUUAACUGACGGUUGACUGAGUAGUUUGUUUGAUAAUUUAAUUUUUGAUAUUCUAAUUAAUAAUCUCUUAAAGAAUUGAGAUUCUCAAAGUAUUAUCCCAACUUCAUCCCAAUUUUUAUGACAAUCUUUAAACUAAAAAUGUUUUUCCUUUUUUGUUGAUCCCUUUCUCAUGAUUUCUUGUGUUCUUUUAUCCUCACACAGUUCGCUAGUCUUUUUGUUUUUCUCUAUUACACUCUUAUUGAAAUCCUAGGGGAUGUCAUCUUGUUCCGCAAGUUCUUUGACCUUGUCAGUGAUCGUUUAAUAACUAGAUGUCCUGUAAGUUAUUUUUAUACAAAUAAUUUAUUGUACUGUUGUGUACCUAGGAAUAUACAAAGUGCUUUAUUUUAAAGAUUGUUCUCAUAAAUAAUUUAGUUUUAGCCAAUUUUAAGUUUGUUAGCGCAAAAUGCGAUGUGAUGUCCGAUAAAAUAAUCCUUAGACCUACAUGCCAUGCGAUCCAUUAAGUGAUUUUGAAGUAUUACAUUGUUUUGUAUGUUUGUGGAAUGAUUUUACAAUUGUGGAAUGUCAAUAUACAUCAAUAUUCUAA